UUAAAACAUCGUUCUCUCACUUUGCCCCUCUCUCUAUUUUAUAUACAUUUCUUUCUCUCUUUUUAACUCCCAUCUCCUCUCUACGUUUACAUUCAUAUAAGUACAUUCAUAACAGACAAAGAUAAAACUUCAAAAUGGCUGCAUGUGUCGUGGGCCCGAACCUAAAUACCUGCCAACCGACGGGCGAUGUGGGUGAAGCGAGUAUCACCCACCCACCGAUGGAAUGUAGACCAGACGGUGAUCUUGACUGUAGGACCAAGCGAGAGACAUUUGAAGAUUCAGUGUUGAUGACAAACACUGGAAACGAUAUGGGUAUCUCGACCCAAGGUUACCGAAGCAACAAAUAUAACGAUAUAGAGUGGAGUAACAAUAACUACACCAAAUAUUUACAAUCUGCCACCGACAGACAUAACUCUGAAGUGAUACGCAACGACUCCUCGAAUACGAUGAAUACCACAGAAGCCAUCACCAAGAAAACCCAGGAUGACCUGACCAAGAAGCUAGGAGAGAGAAUACAAGACAUCAGUUUCUGGAAGUUUGAACUUGAACGAGCAAUCCAAGACAUGCAAGAUGAGAUAGAUCUGCAAGUGGCAAUGAAGAGACAACUGGAGAAUGCGCUGCGUUCUACUGAGAUACCGCUGCACAUUGCAACAGAUAACCUGAACUGCAGGCUGCGUCGACAAGGAAUCGAUCUUGUUGAGGACAUUGUUGAAAAAGCUUUGCUUCAGGAAGUCAAGUUAAUUAACAAUGUACAGGAACUUCUGAAGAAGACAAUUGCAAAAACUGAGGAACAACUCGAGAAUAACCGUCUUACAAAGCAAAAGAUGGAGAUGGAUUGGAGUGAUAAAAAGGAGGCGCUACAGAUUGACAGUCGAUGUGCAAUACUGAGGAACCACCACACCAACAAGCAGUUCUUUCCUGGUGCAGCUAAUUUCCAGGAAAUACAAUCAACUCCUGAAUCUUGGGCACAGUUCACCCAUGACAACAUAAUUCUGGCUGAAAAUGAGCGAAAGUCAUCUAUUCAGUUGAGAGAAUGUGCAAAGAACAUCUUGGAGGAUACCUCCAGAGACCUGUUUGAGCAGAAUAAUAUCGUACAGUCUGCUUUCCAGAAACGUCUGCAAGAACUUGAUGAUGCCAAAUUUAGACAUGAAAGCCAUUUGAAGAAGGUAUGCCAAGAAAUUGCUGAUGAAGAGAAAAAUAUAGAAAAUCUGCAGAAGGCUAUCAGGGACAAGGAAGAUCCUCUAAAAGUUGUUCAAACCCGCCUUGAUGCAAGGUCCCGCCGUCCUGGAGUUGAGCUGUGUAGAGACGGCAUCCAAAUUGGAUUAAUCCAAGAAGUUGAUGAAAUUAACACUUCCAUAACAACCCUGCAAAAAAAACUGAUGGAAGCUCAGAAUUCUCUCAAGAACCUGCAAGACACAAGGAUGUGUUUAGAGAAAGAAAUCUCAAACAAGAUAAAUUCCAUUUUUAUCGACAGGCAGAAAUGCCUUCCAGUGCGAGAACGCUACCCUACAGUGCUGCGUUUACAGGGUUAUCAAUAACUAGUUCAGCACUCUUGUGUGAUUUGUCAACGGGUUGCCUGGUACACACACACACACACAGACACACACACACACAGGUGCAUAAAUCAACACAUAUUUCCAUAUGCUUCAUAAUACUCAGAAUUCAACACACAAUUUCACAUCUUUUCUCUCUCUCUCUCUCUCUCUCUCUCUCUCCACACACACACUCUAAAAAAACAGGCAAAGAAGGAGUUUUUACGAGGACAUAAUACAACCGAUAUUAAUUGCUAUACAUUAUUAAAAACAGACGUGAAGUAUAAACAUUGGAACGCUUAUUUUGAAUAUGAAUAUUGCAAUCGCUUGGUGGUACUGUGGCUGCCAUGCUUGUCAAAUCACCAAAUGAAUUAGUUGUCAUCUAAUCAAGGGUUUAUUUUCACUUUACUUUUAUUUUAGGAAAUUUUGAUAUCGAAGUAGCAACCCUAUUACAGUUAAUUAAAUAAAUUAACUAACUUUAAAGAUUUUUCGAUUAAAAUAUUUCUAUAAAUUAUAUGUAUAAAUGCUUUUAUUGUCAUAUAAUUAUAUAUAACAGAAAUUAUUAUAAUAAAAAUCAUGUACUGUUGCUACUACUACUAAAAAGAAAAAUA